GCAGGCUGGAAUGGAUUAUCAGCUGUAAUGCUACUCAAGCCGAGAGAUUGCUGAUGACAGAAGAAUGCGCAGAUAUCACUCGUAUGUUCUUGGCUGCUGGCGUUGCGGAAUAUGAAGAUCAUGGGACAUUUUCUGGAAAAAUCACAUCCGUCAGUCUUUUUGCUGCACACUUUUAAGAGUGACCUCUUGAAAUUCAACAGAAUGCAUUGGGCUGUGCUGUGAUGUGUCCACCCAGAACAGUUUCAGGAGCGUCUCCCUUGAACUGCCUGUCAGCUGCUCCUCCGUGAACGUACAGAGCCUUUGGCAAAGUAAAUGACGUACGUGUAGAAAUGAUGACAGCGGUUUAUCGUCUGCUUGCAUCAUAAUCUGCUGAGAGUCUGAAGUUUAUAAAAAGGCCUCAUGAUAUACCACUUCCAGGAAAUCACUCGAGCAAGAUCUGUAUGAUACUCACAGGAAAGACACACAGAGAGGCAUGAAUGUUGACGUAGUCAAACCUGAAGGAAAGUCUGGUGGCAAAAAGGGCCCACCCAAGUUCAAACAGAGGAACACCCGGCAGUUCAAGAGCAAGCCUCCCAAGAGGGGAGUCAUUGGUUUUGGAGAUGAUAUCCCAGGAAUGGAGGGACUCGGCACUGACAUCACUGUUAUCUGCCCUUGGGAAGCAUACAGUCAUCUAGAGCUGCACGAGCUUGCUCAGUAUGGCAUCAUCUGAGUCCAUUUUCUGCAAACACCUUUUUUACGUGUACAAAGGGAACUUGUGUUGCAAAUAAUCUCAGUAUUCGGUACUAACUGUCAUCAGCACUGGCUUCUUUUGGAUGGAAAUAAUGUAUCUUCACCCUAAAAAUAUCAUAAUUCUUUAUAUAACAUGUGUCUCCAUAUUGUAAAUGCUGUUGUUUAUUAAAGAUAUUUUAUACAUUAAAUCUAUUUUCAAAAGCCUCUCAAGCUGCCAUUUCCAUGCCUAUAAACAUGACGCUGAACUUGCUCCUGUGUUCUUGCCUGAGGCUGCAGUGGGAGCUGGAACUGAGAGCUUGGUUUCUGGCCAAAAGGAGAUUCUGCACAACUGUCAGCACUGUGUUUUAUAUAUGAGAUCAAGUUCAGAAUAAAG